AUGGAAGGAUCAGAGAUCUCUACAGCGUGGAGCCAAUCAUCCGAGAAAGACCCGUGCCGGAUCAGCUUUCUAGAUCUCCCUCGCGAGUUGCGCGACUUCAUCUAUGCUUACGCUUUCCACGUCACUGGCGCCAUAUUCAUCUACACCAAGAAUCCAUAUCAGCCAGAGCCCAAGUUGAGAUCGAAAAUCGUCCGCUACAGGGGCUCUGGUGCCGCGGAGCCAAUGAGCGUACACAAACAGGUCUCGAUAGGACUAUUGCAAUCCUGUCGGCAGCUGCACGCUGAGUCUGCUCCCGUUCUGUACGGCGACAACACUUUCCGCAUCUGGUUUCUGGGCAAGACAAACUUGACGCUCGCCUACUGCCAGCUUGUCCGCCAUGUCACGUUGACUACGGAGGCAGCCUACCGCAUCUUCAACAGCAGAGACCUCGACAGCACCAGCCAUGGGUGGCGGAACCGUUUCUGGCCCGCCAUUCUGGACAGUGGGAGGAAGAUGCUCGCACGAUUCCCGAAUGUCGAGAGCAUCACCGUGCCAAUGAAGUCUGGAACAGAGUCUUCUACGUGGAGACCUGCGUUCUUCGCUCUCGGCGGCAGGACUGCUGAUCGACGUAUCGAGCUUGCGGCAGAAUGGAUGUUGGAGAGAACUAAGUUUCCUGACGAACGAUUGCGCGAUUGUUUACAUCUUGAGCUCGAGCCUUCUCCGGGCAGCAUCUCCAAGGAGGAGUAUGCUGGCUCACGAUUUGCGCCUGAUGAGGAGGAAUGGGACUAUACAGAGUUUGGGAAUGCGUUCGAAUUGAUGAAGGCCCUCGAUUGA